AUGUGUACAAUUGAGGGACUUCACUUCAAAUCCAUGUAUCGGGCCAGAGUGAAAGCUCACAAUCAGUCCGGUUACAGCGCCUACAGCGACCGACUGGUUAUCCAGACAUCGACACCACCAUCUUCUGUGGAGGUGGGUGUUGUCACAUCUGGCGUUGUAGCGACCUCCGCCUUCAUCAUCAUCAGCAUCACUACUCUCUCUCUCGCUCACUUUAGGCGUCAUCUUUUUGGCCUCCCUUCACUCAUACAAAAUUCUUCUAAAUGCCUACAGUGGCACCUUUUCAUUAUCAUGAGUGACGAGUUGCAUCUCCUUGAUGAGAUGCAUUUAUCGUCUGCUGACUCAUCAUUAUCAUCACUUAAUUGGGUUGUACGUCGCCGUCUACCACCACUGCUCAUCACACCACCACCUCCACCAGACGGGAGGAUGAAAGCGACCAACGAUCGACACGCGCUUCAAGCAUCCACCUGCCUUCUUAGUUGGAUGAUUUGUUUGUUUGUUUGUUUUUUUUUUAAAUGUAUUUUUGCACUGAUGAGGAAGUCUCUCCUCAGGAGUACAAAGCGUAGACGUGUGUCUGUUGGGUUGACUUCAGACUCGUGGUUCCACAUGGAUGCCUCGCGCUCCUCGGUUGGGGGUUUGCAAUUCUCCAACUCCAAUCGCUCCCUAACCUGCCAGUCGAUGGAGGAUUGUGUCGCUUUGGCAUCCACCGGUCUGUCACGCGGUAUUCACUACUGGGAGUUUGUGAUUGAUCGACUUGAUGCCGGAGGUCAACCGUCGUUUGGAAUCGCCAAGUCCGACUGCAAUAAGGAGGCCAUGUUGGGUAUGUUGAAUUCACCUUGCUAUGACGCUAUCACAUCCGAACUGACAAAUGAAGGGGAGGAAGAGGCGGAGGCGGAGGCGGAAGAUGACUCGGAGGAGGAGGAGGAGGAGAAGAAGAAGGAUGCCGAUGAGGCGAAUUGGAAGGAUGGAAGGGGGAGGAGGAGGAGGAGGAGUUGA